CUGUAUAAAACGAGAAGUUCGCGUAAAAGAAAAUACAGAUGGAGAAGGCUAGCCGGCUCGCUGUGUCACAAAGAGUCCCCUUAAGCCUACGUGACAACUCACAUACUGUCCCUUUGUGACCAGCUUAAUCGGCAGAAUGCCCGGUCUCUGUGUUUUUUGUCUCGCCGUCGCGCUGGCUGUGUUCGCCCGGCUCGCCGGCACCGUGGGUCCGGUGGUCCGAUGCGAGCCGUGCGACGCCGGGGCGCUCCUGCUGUGCAAGCCGCUGCCGAAAGACUGCGCAGAGCGGGUGAGAGAGCCCGGCUGCGGCUGCUGCAUGUCGUGCGCCCUCGGUGAGGGACAGGCGUGUGGAGUGUACACGGGGCGCUGUGGCUCCGGCUUGACAUGCCAGCACCAGCCGGGGGAGAGCCGACCACUGCAAGCUCUGCUGGAGGGACGGGGAGUGUGCUCCAGCGCCGCGUCCAAAAGACUCAACAGCAUUGUCAUACCGGCACAAAAACAGGAGAAUGCCAGAAAUCAGGUAGAAGAAGGCUGUGCCAACGUGACCGCAACGAUGACGGUGUUACCUGGUGUGGCGACUGUGAAGGGCGGGCACAGUCGUGGGUCGAUGGACACCAGGCCUCCGCUGCACAACAAACUGAUCCAGAAAGAUCAAAACAGGAAGACUCAGAGUUACAAGGUGGAAUCAGUGUCAGGAGGAGCCAAUAUGGACAUGCACAACUUCUCCCUGGAGAACAAGAGGGAGACUGAGUAUGGGCCGUGUCGGCGGGAGAUGGAGAGCAUCCUGAGCAGUCUUAAAAUCAGCAACGUGCUCAACCCAAGAGGCUUCCGCAUACCCAACUGUGACAGAAAGGGCUUCUACAAGAAAAAACAGUGCCGUCCGUCCAAAGGCAGGAGGCGGGGCUACUGCUGGUGCGUGGACAAAUACGGGCAGCCUCUGCCCGGCUACGACGGCAGGGAGCGGGGCGAGACGCAGUGCUAUAACCUGGAGAGCAAAUGAGAGAUGGAGGGACGACGAGUGGACGGAGAGAGGAGGACAGAGAAUAAGGGGGAGAAGAAGGGAGAAGGACAGAGAGAGAGAGAAAGAAAGAGAGCCUACUUUGCUUUUGCAUGUAGUUUUAUGUAAACAUUUGAAGGGGCUCUGGACCUUUUAUUUCAGGUCCUAUUUCUGUUGGAGAGUUAGGGAGAGAACAAGGGGGAGGGGAGGGGAGGGGAGGGGGAAGGGGUGGAGCACAGCCUCGGCGACCGGCCAAGCCUCCUGUCCAUCACAGCUAUCUGUCCUGUGCUUAGGGAGCCUCUAUCCUUUCUUUUUUUUUAAACAAUUAAGCUGAAAGCUGAGAGAAAAAGGGAAGAGAGAAUCCUACCAUCUGCACUAUUCUUUUAGAGAGAGAGGAAGGAGGGACUUUUCCACUCACUAAAGAGGACUGUGACUGUGACCCAAAAAAAAAACGCACCACCACCGCUUCUAUUGUGUGUGUCUGUCUGUGAGCGUGUAACCGCGAGUCUGUGUUUGUCUUAAUGUGUGAGCACCUGCAUAACAUACGUGUGCACAGCUGCAUGUCAUGUGCAAGAUGCCGUGUGAGUGUGCGCUGUCCCAAAAGUGUUUAUUUGUGUAAAUGCCGUAUGUCACUAAGCUCAGUUUAGAGAUGUCAGACUGCCCAGCCCCAGCCCCUGCUCCAUAAACAAUGCAGAUAAAAUGCUCUCUGGCGCAGGGUCCAUUUUGAAGUGAAGGAUUAUGGGAUGGCAGGGCUUUGACUUCUUAUCCACCAAGGGUCCUCCUUGCUGCCUCUGGCUUGUCCCUCGCCCUGCAAUUGGGAAGGGAAUGGAGGCAAACCGUGCAGUUACAGUGCCUUAAAAACAGCUUUCCAUGCCUCCCCUCCCCUUUACCCUCUGUAGUCCUCAAUUAAAGGAGUACUUCACUGAAAAUCUACCUUUUGAGUAUCAAAUACUCGUCCCCCGCAGGCUUGAAAUGUGGCUCUGAAUAAUUUGUAGCUUACACCCUCGUGGAGGACAGCAGCUGUAGUUAGCUUGGAUUCAAAACAGCUACAAUAGAUUUGAAGGGUGACCCUGUAAAAGCAGCAUGAAAACAUCCAUAGAAACUUCUGAAACCAUUCCUCCAGCAUAAUCAGCGUUUUCACUGUUGCUCCACUGCUGAUAGUUUCACAACAAAUGUCUAAGUACGCUACUCCUUGCAGACAUUCUGAGCCAUGAGGUGGCAAUUCAGUCUAACAGGCGUUAGUCUGAUGUUAGAUGUUGAAGUCACACGGCACCAAAAUAUGGCUAAAGACACAGCUUCCGUUGUUGCUAGCACAUAUAGCUGUUUGUUUGCCUUUUGUUGCUAGUAUGCAAGUGUAGUUGCAAAUGACAGAAAGCUAGAAAGCUAAAAAGCUAGCUGCGCUAUCAACAAAGAGAAGUUGUGUAUUUCACCAUAUUUUGGCAACGAUAUGAAUGUAUGGAACAUAUCACUCAUACAAAUGGACGGGAGAGAGGUGGACUUUGCUACAGCAGUGGUUUGAGAAGUUUCCAUGGACAUUUUUUUGUGACUCUGGGUUGCCAAUGGAAUCCACUGUAACUGCUGUGAAUCCAAGGUAACUACCGCUGCUGUUCAUAGUGAAAGAGCAAGUUACAAGCUUUUCGAGUAUUAUUUUGAGGUGCUCACAUGCUGCCCUGCAAUUUUAGGGAUCAUUUUAGUGAGAUUAGUCUGUCUUCUGUCUGGCCCUGUCCACAUCCAUGUCCGUGUUCCACUAUGGCUCUAACUAUAGAAAGCUGAUGAGGUCAUUAUUUGUUUCCGUUUCCCUGUCGUUCGAUGUUUUAUCCGUCUGUUUAUAUAGUUUUAUAUCGCUACCUGGUUUUGGCGUUGUAGUCGCCGUACAGGACAGCAAGAUAUUCAACCUUUUUGUCCUCCAUAGAAAUUCCAAAAGCAAUGUUACUAUAUUGGAAAGCUGAGAUUCAGUUUUUCGAGCACUUUGGAAACUUUGUAUUCAAUAAAGUGGGGGAAAGAGUUGAUUAAACUUUAUUUUCUUACAUUUCACCAGCGAAAAGAGACACACACUGGCACUGUAGUCAUCGUACAGUGGCCGAAUAAUGACCUCAUUGGCUUUCCAUAUUUAACCUGCUCUCCUGUGUCCUCAUCCCUGUCCUUGUCCCAUGUCCAUCAUGCACCUCUGGUGCUGAGAUCCUCCACAUCCUCUACACGUUUUUACCCCCUGUCUAAAACUUUGUCCUUGUCUGUGUGCCUGAUCCCGUCCCAUCUCCAAUCCACUAACCCGAGCUGUUAUUCCCCACUUAGCACCCUGCCCACCUCCGGUCCUCUUCCUGUCAGUGGUGCAACCUGGUGUAGGCUUGUUUGAACGGGGUGAGCCCGGUGUGACCGGCCCACUCUGCUGCAGGUGCCAGCUGCCCCUAUGCUUCAAGCCCAAGCACAAGCACUUAAAGCACUUUAGCUGUGCCGCUACUCGUCAAUGCAUGUAGUUAAAGACAAUUGGACCUAUCUGCAUCUGCAUACCUUUCCUUCGAGGUAAUGUCAGAUGAAACAGUGUGAUACUGUAAGAAAACAAUAAUAACCUAGGGAGGAGAAAAAAAAGAAAGAAAGAAAAAAAUGAAGCUACACCAGGACUUCUGACAGCGAACUUAGCGAACACCCCUCAGAAAUUUUCCAUUCAAUGCAACGAUUUUCUUUUUUGUUGUUGUUGUUUUUGUUUCUUUGAAAAAUGCGUGCAUGAUCGUAUGCCAACAAAUCUCCACAAGGUGGACACAGCACCAAAUAUGCAUUCACACAAGUGGUAGGGGGUCUGAGGGAGGAGGCAGGGUCCUCCCCGAGAAGCUUCCUGCCCGAUGCUCUCUCACAUCCUGUGUAAAGACUUGAAAAGUGGAGAGAGUGCCGAUAAAGAAUGCUUGCCCAGUAGCUUGGUAGCAUGAAAUCGGCUGUACACUUCCUUUAAUAGACAGCAGCAACUUACAACCAGCCUGUUGGUGCUAUUUCCCAUCUAUUCAAAGACUUGAUGUGAGGGGAGGAACAUACAUAAAAAUAUGUUUAAGCUAUUCCCUCCCUAAUAUUUGUAAGUAUGUCUUUUUAUAUAUAGUAUUAUUAUUAUUUCCUGGCCAGCUAUGUGUCUGACUAGACAUCAUGUACAGUACUUAAAAAUGAAAAUUAUUUAUCUAAGAAAGAAUUAUAAGCUGAUCCAAACUAGGUUUUCUUAUGAACAAUUCAGUGACUCACCGAUUGCACAGCAAAGUCUAUAUGAUUCAGUGUAUUUUGGGGAAUAUAAUCACUAAUGAAUGUUUUAUUUUGUAAUGAACCUUUUCCUUUUGUUGCUCAGCAGUGUCAUUUGUAAGCUCCGUGCCCAGCGGGCGAGUUUCAGCCUCUGGCAAAAUCUGUGUCAGUCAGUCACUCAGGUCUCUGGUCAUCUUAGUUCACUGUUUCUUAAGGCCAGUGAACCUCUCACCUCUCAGUAAGUCACUUCUCUCCAUGCACACCCAGCCAUCCCGCCUCAGUCUGUUACUGCAGAGCCAGGGUCACACUUCUGUAAUGUCACUUUUUAUUUUUUAUUAUCAUUUUUCCCUACUGGUCACGUUAAGAAUCUCUCUAUUCACGGGUAAAUGUAUUUUGUUUUUCAUUUCAAGUUUAUCCUUCAAGGAGUUUUUUGAUUCAAGCUUUUCACGAUACUAAACUAGAAAUCACACAGCUAUUAUUUUCUCUGAGAAAGGAAAUGAUUUUGAUUCAAAAUAUAAUUUGUAUUUAAUGUCUUUUUUAAAAUAAAAAUGAACACAUUUUAAGA